CGCCAUAAAACUAUUUGAGUACAGUUUUUUUACUCAGCCUGAGAAUUUUCUCAAUUUUUUUAUUCUCAGCAAAAUACCCCGCCAUAAAAAAAUUCUCAGGUUUUUUUUACUCAAAAGUUAAGAAUAUUCUUAAAUAUUUGAGAACAGCCAAAGCCAUACUUAAGUCAAAAAUUAAGACUUAAGUAUUAUAUAAACAAUGGCCGCUGUCCAUGUACGCCGCAUGAGAGUUCGCAAUCGCAGACAGAGAAACCUGCCUAGGCCGAGGGUUUUCAGAGACAGGCUCAAUCCACUUGAGUUUAUGGAUGACAAUGAGUUAUUUGACAGAUAUAGGUUUCGUCGACCGACCAUCACUUAUAUAUUAAAUGGAAUUCACCAUUUUCUCGAGCGUCAAACUAGGAGGAAUUUUGCCCUAUCUCCCGUUACUCAGUUAUUGUUGUUUCUAAGAUUUGUGGCAACAGGCACUCACUUGAGUUUAGUGGGGGAUAGUUUAAAUGUAUCUGAAUCAGCAACUGGGAGGGCCUGCAGAGACGUUUGUCAGGCAAUUAUAACAGUAUUUCAGCAUGUCAUUUCUUUUCCCGUUGGUGAGAAGGCUAUCCAAGUUAUGGAAGGGUUUAGAAGAAUUGCUGGAUUUCCAAAUGUACUAGGAUGUGUAGAUGGAACGUUUGUGAAAAUUAUCAGCCCACAUGAAAAUGAAGCCGACUUUGUUAACAGAAAAGGAGUCCACGCUUUAAAUGUUCAAAUGGUUUGUGAUCCUAAUUUUAGAGUCACUUCUUUAUGUGCAAAAUGGCCAGGAUCAGUGCACGACAGCAGAAUAUUCAGAACAAGUGGACUAUGUCAACAAUUUGAAAAUGGAAUUCACCAAGGACUGUUACUAGGUGACUCUGGGUAUCCAUGUACCAAAUACUUGAUGACCCCCUACCUUAGUCCAGCUGAUAACUGCCAGGGAAAUUUUAACAGAGCUCUUUGCAGGACACGGGUUCUAAUUGAACAAACAUUUGGGAUACUAAAAAGGAGGUUCAAUUGUUUACAUGAUGGUUUAAGAACAACACCAGAACAGUCUAUUAAAUAUGUUACAUCAUGUGUUAUUUUACACGAUAUUGGCAUUGACCAUAAUGACAUAAUUAUAAAUAAUAAUAUUGAGGAAAUUGCUGUUGCAGAUUGUACAGGUUGUAUUAAUAUGAACCCAACCUUUGAUGGCACUGCAAAAAGGAAUGACAUAGCAAGACAAUUUUUUUAA